AAAGAAUUGGAUGUCAUCAUGGGCAGUAUUACAAGGUUCAUCACUGCUGUUCACUAAAACGCAAGGAAGUGGAACUGGCUGGUCAUUUUGCCAAGGGGGCUCAAUUCCUGAGCUCUUGCUCUCGCUGCUUUCUUCUUGGAAAAAUGCUCUCAGUCGUCGACCUGCUGUCACCUAUGUAAACUCUGACCAAGUUUCAGCUAUCACUAAGUUUGGUGUCAAUCAGUCUAAGCCAGAAUUUACAGUGGAUCUCAAAGGGGCAUUGAUUGAUUGGGCCUCAAAGGACAAAUCCAGCAAAAAGAAUGUUAUUGAGCUAAAAACCCGCCAAGGAACUGAGCUCUUAAUUCAAUCUGAUAAUGACAGCUUCAUUAAUGAAUGGUAUAAAGUUCUUAACUAUACCAUCAACAAUCAGGUAGUAGGGUCUGAUGAAGCAUUAGAAGAUGAGGUACCAGAUUCUCCUGGAGUGGAAAAACAAGACAAAGAAAAAGAUAAAGAGAACAAAGACUCUAAGAAACUUCGUUCUGUGAAAGCACCUAGCAAUAUAGAUUCCACAGAUCAGAAAAAGACCAAAACGAAGCUCAAGAAGUUUCUUACACGGCGCCCUACGUUACAAGCUGUCCGUGAAAAAGGCUACAUUAAGGAUCAAGUGUUUGGUUCCAAUCUCACCAGCUUGUGUCAAAGAGAAAACGGCACGGUGCCAAAGUUCGUGAAGCUGUGCAUUGAGCAUGUUGAGGAACAUGGAUUAGAUGUUGACGGCUUAUACAGAGUUAGUGGCAAUCUUGCAGUGAUACAGAAGCUAAGAUUCGCAGUGAAUCAUGAUGAGAAACUAGACUUGAAUGACAGUAAAUGGGAAGAUAUACAUGUCAUCACAGGAGCUCUAAAGAUGUUUUUCAGAGAAUUACCAGAGCCACUGUUCACUUACAAUCAUUUCAAUGACUUUGUCAAUGCAAUUAAACAAGAACCAAAGCAGCGUGUCCAUGCUGUUAAAGAGUUAAUCAAACAGUUGCCAAAGCCAAAUCAGGACACUAUGCAGGUACUCUUUAGACACCUGAAGAGAGUUGUAGAAAAUGGAGAAAAGAAUCGAAUGACCUAUCAAAGUGUAGCAAUAGUUUUUGGCCCAACUUUAUUAAAACCAGAGAAAGAGACUGGUAACAUAGCAGUCCACACAGUAUACCAGAAUCAGAUUGUAGAACUAAUUCUACUGGAAUUGAAUUCCAUCUUUGGACGCUGACAUUUUUCUUGGAGCAGAAACUGGAAGUGAUGGGUUGGCAGCAGUACUCCAUCAGAAGGAAAAUUGCUUGUUGUACAUGAUGUAUUAUGUUUGUGGACCAAGCAGCAACUUGUUUUUUGCACUUUUGGGGGACAGGAGAAACAGAAGAAAUGUUUGACCACUUUAAUGCAAAUUAAAAGACAACACUUUGGAUUUCUUUGAAAAGUUCAAUGUAAAAAGUGAAUUGAAAAGUUUAUAGUUUGCCUUUUUUUAAGUAGCAUUGGAAAAAUGUAAUAUAGGUUCAUA